AUGGAGUACAUCUUUGAGUACUACCGCUAUACCGAGGCCAAGAAGAUCGCCCUAGCCGCAGCUCAACUGACGGACAAUGCCCUGACUUGGUGGGACAGGGAAGUAGCGAGGUUGGCAGGGUCUAUAGGAUCGAGACUUGGAAUGAGAUGCGAGCUAAACUCCGAGCAAGAGUUCGAGGCUCUCAAGAACAAGCUCAGGACGCGUGAAACCGAAGAAGUUAUGAUGGCUCAGUUCUUGGAAGGUCUUCAAGACCGCAUCGCUCGCAAGGUGGAGAGGCAGACUUACGUCAACUUCAACGAUCUCCUCCACUAUGCCGUCCAGGCCGAGAAGCACAUUAGAAGGAAGAACGCCUCUAGUGCCAGAAACAAGACGCCAUGGGCUCCAUCCGGAUCCAAAGGAGCUGAGAAGAGCAAGUCCGUUGAAGUGGAAAGCCGGGGAAGUGGCACUGCCAGGGACUGUCCGAACAAGCGUGUCAUGAUCCUUAAGGCGGAUGGCGAAUAUGAGUCCCAAGACGAGGCCGAUGUUGAACUGGCUGAAUCGGGAGAUGAGAUAGUGGACUACGCCGAAACUGGUGAGCUACUGGUGGUCAGACGAGCUCUCAGUGCUCUCUUUGAUCCAGAAACCGUCCAACGAGAGAACAUCUUCCAUACGAGGUGUAGCGUGGAGGGCAAGGUAUGUAGUCUAAUUAUUGAUGGUGGCUCUUGCACUAAUGUGGCCAGCAGGUACCUUGUUGACAAGUUAGGGCUAGCCAAGUCGCCACACCCCAGGCCAUACAAGCUUAAAUGGCUCAAUGAUGAGACGGAGCUUAAAAUCUCGGAGCAAGUUGUUGUGCCCUUUUGUAUUGGUAAGUACCAGGACCAGGUGAAGUGUGAUGUGGUUCCUAUGCAAGCUGGACAUCUGCUGUUAGGGAGGCCUUGGCAGAUUGACAAGGAUACCAUUCACCAUGGAAGGACUAACACCUACAGUUUCACCCACAACAACAAGAAGCACAGCCUGGCUCCUCUCAGCCCCCAAGAGGUCUACGAAAUGCAGAGAGCCAUGGACCAGUCUGGGCUGUUUAGUAAAACUAACCUUUUCAUCUCUUCUAGUAAAGUGAUUAAAUCAUUGCAGCAAGAUACACAUCAAGACAUACAUGUGCUACUAAUGGUCUUUAAGGAAGGUUGUUUUGCAGGUUUUGAGGCACCAGAUUGCCCAGCUGAGAUGCAAGUGCUAAUGGACAAGUACAAGGACGCGUUUCCUGAGGAGAUACCAGCCGGCUUACCAACCCUCCGAGGCAUUGAGCAUCAGAUAGACUUUGUGCCCGGCGCCCCACUUCCAAACCGAGCCGCGUACCGAGUCAAUCCGGAGGAGGCUAAGGAGCUGGAGAGACAGGUCCAAGACCUCAUGGACAAGGGGUACAUUCGAGAGAGUCUCAGUCCAUGUGCAGUUCCCGUCCUCUUGGUGCCUAAGAAGGAUGGAACCAGAUCGGCCAUCGUCCGCUCCAUCGCAUCCGCCCAGCCGCCCCAUAGCCGUCGACCCGUCCUGUCCAGUCCGAGUUCUUAA